AUGGAGAGGCUGAAUGCUCGUUUGGCCGUUCUCUCUGCGCAUUUGGAGGUGUCUGAUCCCAUGCCGGCGGCGACUGAGCCAUGGUGCAAAUCGAUUGCUGGACCCCUUGCGGGAAACUUGACGAUCGUUGAUGAGCGUACGGGGAAGAAAUAUCAAGUCCCAGUCUCAGAGGAGGGUACCGUUAAGUCCAUUGAUCUCAAGAAGAUAACGAGUGGGGCACAUGACAAGGGGAUUAAGUUGUACGAUCCUGGUUAUUUAAACACGGCUCCUGUUCGGUCAUCGGUUUCUUGUACUGACGGAGAUGAAGGAACAUUACGUUAUAGGGGAUACCUAAUUGAAGAGUUGGGUGAGAGUAGUACUUUUCUUGAGGUUGCUUAUCUCCUUAUUUAUGGGAAUCUGCCUUCACAAAGUCAGCUAGCUGAUUGGGAAUUUGCGGUUUCUCAGCAUUCAGCUGUUCCACAAGGAAUAUUGGAUAUCAUUCAGUCCAUGCCUCAUGAUUCACAUCCAAUAGGUUCUCUUGCCAGUGCCAUUAGUGUACUCUCCCUCUUUCAUCCUGAUGCAAAUCCUUCUCUUAGUGGCCUAGAUAUUUACAAGUCAACACAAGUUCGUGAUAAACAGAUUUUUCGUAUUCUCGGACAGGCACCUACUAUUGCAGCAGCUGCAUUUUUGAAGACGGCAGGCAAGCCUCCUGUUCUUCCUUUGAGCAACCUUUCUUAUGCAGAGAACUUACUCUAUAUGAUGGAAUCAAUGGGAAAUAAGUCUUACAAGCCUAAUCCUCGUCUAGCUCGAGUGUUGGACAUCAUCUUCAUACUACAUGCUGAACAUGAAAUGAACUGCUCUACUGCUGCUGCUCGCCAUCUUGCCUCUAGUGGUGUUGAUGUGUACACUGCUAUUGCGGGAGCUGUUGGAGCCAUUGGUGGCCCACUUCAUGGUGGUGCAACUAAGACUGUUCCUCAGAUGUUAUUCGAGAUUGGGACUGUUGAAAAUAUUCCAGAGUUUAUUGAAAGCGUGAAGAACAAGAAUAGGAAACUGUCAGGGUUUGGACACCGCAUUUACAAAAACUACGACCCACGAGCAAGAGUGGUUAAAAGACUGGCUGAGGAAGUGUUCUCCAUUGUUGGAAAGGAUCCUCUGUUCGAGGUAGCAGUUGCUCUAGAGAAGACAGCACUCUCUGAUGAAUAUUUUGUUAAGAGAAAGCUAUACCCAAAUGUUGAUUUCUACUGUGGAUUAGUCUAUAGGGCAAUGGGAGUCCCACCACAUUUCACCGCGGUGGCGCGUAUGGCUGGAUACUUGGCACACUGGCGUGAGUCUUUAGAUGAUCCUGACACUAAGAUCAUCAGACCCCAACAGGUCUAUACUGGAGUGCGCCUAAGGCAUUACCAGCCAGUAAGAGAUAGAACUCUGAAUUCGGAUAGUAAAAUUUCGAAUCCGUCAAAAUCGAAUCCGGAUCCGGAUAUCUUGAUUUUUAGGCCCGUGUAUCCGGAUCUGUAUUCGUAUUUUUAA